AUGCUGUAAUAUCACUAUUAUGAUCUCUUAAGUAUAAAUACUUAACAUUGUGCUUUACUCUUUACUUUGAUCUUGAUAAAAUAUAGCACAACCAACAACAACAAAACAUUAUUUUCUUCCGUGUCUUGAAGAUGAAAAAUGUCCUGAAUGCAGGUUUGAAGGAGAAAGUCAGAACUAAACUGGUUUAGCAACUCUUUAGUGUUUCUGUCUUUUGUCUUUGUUCAUAUGUUACAACAAUAGAGAUGACCAACUCAGACAUUGUUGUUCUGAGUCUGUUUGGGUUAAGUUAAGUUACGCCUUUCAUUGUUCAGAUUUAUAGUUUGAUUUCAAAGAAGCGUUACCUAACUCAACUUCAGUAAUAUAAAACCAGCCCAGUUCAAGGCUCGCCACUGCCAGUGAUCGCGCUCGCUCUCUCUCGACAUGAACCUUUUGACGGCUGCAGCCUGGGUAGUGGGAGCAAUAGUUGCUGUUGCCCUGGCUCCUGCUGUGGGAGCAGAGGCUGAUGGCUCCAUUGGCACGGACAUGACGGCAAUCGCUGUAGGAAGGGUGGAGGCAGCAGAUUGGAAAGUUGCGCCUUUUCUCCAGACACUAAAGACACGAGUGGAAGACAUGGGUCCUUUGAUGAAGGCUGCGGCCAUAGGAGCGGGAGCACUAGGUGCUGUUGUCCUGGCUCCUGCUGCUCUGACAGCAGCAGGUUUCAGCUCCGCUGGGAUAGCAGCUGGCUCCAUUGGUGCGAAGAUGAUGUCAACCGCUGCAGUCGCUAACGGGGGAGGAGUGGCAGCAGGAGGUGUGGUGGCUGGUUUGCAGGCAGCAGAUUGGAAAGUUGCGCCUUUUCUCCAGACACUAAAGACACAAGUGGAAGACAUGGGUCCUUUGGUGAAGGCUGCGGCCAUAGGAGCGGGAGCACUAGGUGCUGUUGUCCUGGCUCCUGCUGCUCUGGCAGCAGCAGGUUUCACCUCCACUGGGAUAGCAGCUGGCUCCAUUGGUGCGAAGAUGAUGUCAAUGGCUGCGGUCGCUAACGGAGGAGGAGUGGCAGCAGGAGGUGUGGUGGCUGGUUUGCAGGCAGCAGAUUGGAAAGGUGCGCCUUUUCUCCAGACACUAAAGACACGAGUGGAAGACAUGGGUCCUUUGAUGAAGGCUGCGGCCAUAGGAGCGGGAGCACUAGGUGCUGUUGUCCUGGCUCCUGCUGCUCUGACAGCAGCAGGUUUCAGCUCCGCUGGGAUAGCAGCUGGCUCCAUUGGUGCGAAGAUGAUGUCAACCGCUGCAGUCGCUAACGGGGGAGGAGUGGCAGCAGGAGGUGUGGUGGCUGGUUUGCAGGCAGCAGAUUGGAAAGUUGCGCCUUUUCUCCAGACACGAGUGGAAGACAUGGAUCCUUUGGUGAAGGCUGCGGUCAUAGGAGCGGGAGCACUAGGUGCUGUUGUCCUGGCUCCUGCUGCUCUGGCAGCAGCAGGUUUCAGCUCCGCUGGGAUAGCAGCUGGCUCCAUUGGUGCGAAGAUGAUGUCAAUGGCUGCAGUCGCUAACGGAGGAGGAGUGGCAGCAGGAAGUGUGGUGGCUGGUUUGCAGGCAGCAGAUUGGAAAGGUGCGCCUUUUCUCCAGACACUAAAGACACGAGUGGAAGACAUGGAUCCUUUGGUGAAGGCUGCGUUCAUAGGAGCGGAAGCACUAGGUGCUGUUGUCCUGGCUCCUGCUGCUCUGGCAGCAGCAGGUUUCAGCUCCACUGGGAUAGUAGCUGGCUCCAUUGGUGCGAAGAUGAUGUCAACCGCUGCGGUCGCUAACGGGGGAGGAGUGGCAGCAGGAGGUGUGGUGGCUGGUUUGCAGGCAGCAGAUUGGAAAGUUGCGCCUUUUCUCCAGACACUAAAGACACAAGUGGAAGACAUGGGUCCUUUGGUGAAGGCUGCGGUCAUAGGAGCGGGAGCAGUAGGUGCUGUUGUCCUGGCUCCUGCUGCUCUGGCAGCAGCAGGUUUCAGCUCCACUGGGAUAGUAGCUGGCUCCAUUGGUGCGAAGAUGAUGUCAACCGCUGCGGUCGCUAACGGGGGAGGAGUGGCAGCAGGAAGUGUGGUGGCUGGUUUGCAGGCAGCAGCUGCAGCCGGUCUGUCAGGAACCACGUCAGCUGUGGUGGCCACUGGAGGAGCAUUUAUGGGAUGGAUCACGUGCGGCUUCGUCGAGGAGGAACAAAAAGCAUGAAAUACUUUUACUUUUACCAAAUUUAGAAAGCAAUAGCUAAUUAAAUCAGUCUGUUACCCAAGGAGCAAUUUUGUCAUCUCAGACAACUGAAAUGUUUUGUUCAAUAAAUUGAUAUAACCUGUCAAACA